AUGGCUGGUAACUUCACCGAUUUCGGCGAUCUUGUUCUCAUAAUAGGGGACUUUCACGUCCCCCAGAGGGCUGUAGAUCUGCCUCCGUGCUUCAAAGAGCUGCUGCACACAGACAAAAUACGCCAUGUCCUCUGCACGGGUAAUGUGGGCAGCGAGUCGAUUCUAGAGUUCCUUAGAGGAAUCGCUGGUUCUGUACACAUUGUUAAAGGAGAUAUGGAUGAGGGCAUGGACUUCCCAGAGUAUAAAAUACUGCAGUUCGGGGAAUUCAAGGUCGCGCUGCUGCACGGGCAUCAAGUUGUGCCUUGGGGGGACCCGGACGCCUUAUUGCAGUGGCAGCGACGGCUUGACUGCGACAUAGUGGUGUCUGGACACACACACAGCAACUCAGUGCGAGAGGUGGAGGGCCGUUUCUUCAUUAACCCUGGUUCUGCAACGGGGGCUUACCAGCCUUGGGCUCCUUCCCCAACUCCUAGCUUCAUGUUGAUGGCACUGCAGGGCGCGUCAGUGGUGUUGUACAUCUACGAAGAAAGAGAAGGAAAAGCAGAAGUCGUUAUGAGCGAGUUCUCGAAACCGGCCAAGAAAUAA